GAAGUAAACAUUGCUGCAGUGUGAACGAUACCAUUGAUUUAAUUUCCGAGACGAUACUGGGUUAAAAAUGUAUCGGCCCGAUUCUCUGCACAUUCGCUGACGUGUUUGGUACAUUUUUAAAAAGUUGUGUAAUCAUAGCAUACGUAAUACAUGACGUUAUAGUCAUUUAUUGGUGUAUUCUAAACCCUUAAGUGAUUUAAAAUGUAACAAAGCUAAGAAAAAGGACACAAUCAUUUAGCUAACGUAUCAAAAGUAUCACUAAUUUGAUUUCGGAAUCGAUUUUAGAGCAUGAAUGAGUUGGUAUCAAGUAUCGGUAUUUUAGUAUCGAUCUAUUCAUUACUAACGUGCUCUCCUGAACCGUUUGUAGCAAGGAGACAAUAUUAGCUCAACAAAAUGAUUCCGUGUAGGAGAUGAAGAGGAAAUACGGUAAACAUUUUGGGGACAACUUGGUGCCAAGCUGCGUGUGUUUGGCAGGAGUGGUGAGCCAUGACGAAAGUUGCUUCGCUAACCAAAUUCGCCCACAUCGCCCUCGGGAUGAAACUCUCCCUCUCAGCUGCUGAGUCACCGGCAAAGUUGGCGACCCCAGCCGACCCCCGGCUUCAUUCCACACAUUCCAUGCCGCGUUGAUGCGCACCUGCGACGGCGACUCACAGCAGUGGUGAUGGUUGUGCACGGCCGUCGCCAAGCUGUCUCGCUCCUCGCUGACGGACCCAAGAGGCAGACCGGUGGAGGGGAGCGGCAGAAAGGAGAAGGGUGGGGGUGAUGGAGGCAAGCGGAGAGGCUUUGGGUCCCGACUGAAGCCUCCUGAUGCAUGGAGGAGUCGCAGCCUGAUCCCCCUGCCCCCCAGAGGGCCUGGAGAGGCUGCUGAACCACGCGCAAGCAAAGAAGAGGAGGCGGAGGAAGGAGGAAAGCCACAACGCGGGUCCGCCCCCCUCAUCCUCAGCGCCGUGAUGACGUCUUGGGGGCACGUGAGCGAGGCUCUCCAGUGACAGCACAUGGAGGGCAGGAAAGAGUUUUAAAGCUGCUCGCUUGUCGGGUUUGCAUGAGGGCUCCGCUCGCCUCCAAAACAACCACAGAACCACAGACGCGCGGCUCAGGAGGUUGGCGUUUGAGGGCGACCCGGAGCGUAAAUGGUUAAUCGGCGCAGGCCAGCACCAGUCACAAGGACGGCGCUAAGCGAGACGUGUCAAGGGUCACGGAAACCGCCGAGAAACAAAAGCGCAUCUCGCUGCAGCCAGACGUGAGCAUGGCGUCAAACAGCCUCUUCAGCACCGUGACACCAUGCCAGCAGAACUUCUUCUGGGAUCCCAGCGCCAGCCGGAGGUUCAGCCCGCCGUCCAACAGCCUCCAGCCGGUCCCGGGCAAGAUGACCGACGUGAGCUCGCCGGGAGCCGGGCAGCCCGACGCGGCGGCGGUGGCGGUGCCCAGACUGCGCGCCCACGAGAACCGCAGCAUGGCGGAGAUCAUUGCGGACCACCCGGCCGAGCUGGUGCGCACCGACAGCCCCAACUUUCUGUGCUCGGUGCUGCCGUCGCACUGGCGAUGCAACAAGACGCUGCCGGUGGCUUUUAAGGUGGUGGCCCUGGGAGAUAUCCCCGACGGCACGGUGGUCACCGUCAUGGCGGGAAAUGACGAGAACUACUCGGCAGAGCUACGGAACGCCUCGGGCGUAAUGAAAAACCAGGUGGCUCGCUUCAACGACCUGCGCUUCGUGGGCCGCAGCGGCAGAGGCAAGAGCUUCACUUUGACAAUCACAGUAUUCACCAACCCGCCACAAGUCGCCACUUACCACAGAGCCAUAAAGGUCACUGUGGACGGACCGCGGGAGCCCCGGAGGCAUCGCCAGAAGCUGGAGGACCCGCCAAAGUCGGGCCUCUUCUCAGACCGCCUGAGUGAACUGGAGAGGAUGAGGGUGAGGGUGACAGUGCCCGCCCAGGCCCCGCGGCCCGCACUCAACACGGCGGCCAACACCUUCAACCCGCAGGGACAGACACAGAUAACCGACCCGCGUCAGUCCCAGUCCUCUCCUCCUUGGUCUUAUGAACAGACGUACCCGUCCUACCUGAGUCCUAUGGCGUCCCCCUCAGUCCACUCCACCACCCCCCUCUCCUCCAGCCGAGGCACGGGCCUGCCCGCCAUCAGCGACGUGCCUAGACGCUUGCCAGGAUCGUCGGACCUGAGCCCCUUCCCGGGUCAGUUUGAGCGUCAGUUCCCGGGCCUGUCGUCCCUCACGGAGAGCCGCUUCAGUAGCCCCCGCAUGCACUACCCGGCCACCUUCACCUACACGCCCCCCGUCACCUCGGCCAUGUCGCUGGGCGGCACCCACUACCACACGUACCUGCCCCCGCCGUACCCGGGCUCCACCCAGAGCCAAAGCGGACCCUUCCAGACCAGCAGCACCCCCUACCUGUACUACGGCGCCUCAUCCGGGUCCUACCAGAUCUCCAUGGUCCCCGGCGGGGACCGUUCGCCGUCCCGCAUGGUGCCGCCGUGCACCAGCGCCUCCACGGGCACCUCGCUGGUCAACCCUAACCUGCCGGGCCAGACGGAGGGCGGGGUGGACGGGGACGGGAGUCACAGUAACUCCCCCACCAUCCUCAACACGGGGGGGCGGGGCAUGGACGAGGCGGUGUGGCGGCCCUACUGAAGCAGCACGAGACUGAAAGGUUUUUUUUUUUUUUUAUGUUUUAUUAACAAGCUCGUCAGUGACGAAGUCUGGACUUGUGCGAACUCGUCUUCCUGGAAUGUUGGGAAUCGGAGCGGCAAGCAGCAGCUAAUUCCCACGCCGACGCCGCAGCAAGGGAAGCCUUUUCUUUCGUAUCCUGUCGCUUUCUGCAUCGGCCAUCUUUGUUUUUUUGUCGGGGACAGAUGCACUGACAGGACGGUUAUUUAAAAGGUGUACGUUGCUUCCUGUUAACUUAUGAAGCCAUAACUUAUCUAUUCUAUUUUUUGAAAACAUUGCUGCGUCUUUGCGACUAAGUUAAAAACGUGACAUAAUUUAAGACUUUCCUUCCUGCCGCCCAAAGAUACGAGCGUCCGCCCGGAAGCCAACCUCACAUAUUUAUUCAGCAAUAAGUCCUCUCAGUUAAACGUGCACAUGCUGGACGCUACGUCCACCGGCGGGUCACGCAAGCGGCAAAGUUGCCAUGACUUUGGACCCCCCCUUCCCCCAACAUUCCCGACCCCCUCGGAUCUUCUGGAUUCGCUUCCGUAAAAGAGACGACUUUGUGAAAGUUUGUCCGAGUGUUUGACGCUCGCCUCUUCUUGUCCUUUUUCAUCUUCGUAGUUAAGAUUUAUCGAAGCACUUAUUGGUCAUCCUCCAUGAAAGACAUCACAUGACCUCAUCCUCUCGCCUGAUUGGCUCAUAACUGGCAACACAACCUUAUUCAACCUAUUCUUAUUCAAAAUGAAUUUAGUAGCAUUUUGUACAAAAAUGAGUGCAAUUUCUUUU